AUGAUAACAAAUACAAAUGGAGUAGCAUACAAUAUAUAUCAUUUUUUGUGGUUUAAGGAUGAAUCAUUAUUAAAGGAAUCAUUUUAAAUAAGAAUACCAGACACAUUAAUUUAUAAAAAUGGAGUUCCUUAAGUAAUAAUGAUGUAAAAUUAGGUUUGGUACUUUACAAGUAAGGAAGGAGAGAUAAUGACAAAGAAGUCCGAAGCAAGAAAGUCUGAAAAUUUAAUUAAGCAUUUUUGUUAAGGCGAUAAACCAAAUGGAUAAGUUAUAGCUUACUACAUCUAUCCUUAAAAAUAUAAUCAUUCUGAUCCCACAGAGGAGAAAACCUUUCCAAGUUAAUCAAAAAGGGCAAAACCUCUCUUAGACUGUGAUGAAAAGAUAUGCAUUUAUUAUCUUACGAAGUAAAUGUUUCCUGAUUUUGUCAAUUCUCAAAAUAAACCACCUUCAGGAAUUUUACAGAAGUUUAUAGAGCCACUAGGAAAUCACGAAUCUUUGAUUCAGGCAAUUUGGAGCCCAUCUGUGUGUAUACUUUCAAAGAAACAAAACAAUCGAGAUUUAUAUGAUAUGUCAUAUGAUCCCUAUGAAAGAUGCACUACCUUUGAUGGAGGGGAAGCGUAUUCCAGAGUAAUUCCAUUAAGGGGCAAGGAGAUAUCAUAAGAGAUAAGAAAACAAUGUUAGAUGAUAGUUCAGAAGAUAACAAAUUUGAGUUAUGGACAAACAAACCUAUCUAGAAUAGUAUUUUAUUUUAAAGCAGACUAAAAUAACAAGGUUUGGUUUUUGUAUUCGUCUUCAAUAAGAUUGUAAGGUGAAGCCUAAUCAUAGAUAAAGUUAUAUAAACCAUUAUGGGGCAAUAUUAAUGUGAAAAAGAACAACACUCCAAUUCCAUUUAAUACGAAUUUCUAGAAACCAUAUUCAAUAAAGAAUAUGCUGACUGUAAAUACUAUGCAUCCAGUAGCCUUGAUUAAAGAUAUUGAAUGUUUUGAGUGUGGAGUUUUAUGCCAAUAAAAAGAUCUUUACCAUUUGACUUAUGAGUACAUAAUCAAACAUUUUGAUUAAGACGUAAAUCAGCAUCCACUUGUGAAUAAUAUUGAGAUAAUUAAGCCUAAAUCAUUUUUAUAAUGUGAGGGUCAUCUCAGAGACAUACAUUCACACAUUCCACCUCUUAUUUUGAAGCUCUAUCCACAUUUGACAGUGCAACUAUUUGAAUAAUUAAAAGUGAAUGAUGCUUUUUUAAUAAAAUCGGUUCUCAUUUGUGAGAGUUGUUUUUUGAAAUAUAGUGAGUCAGACCCUGGAAUAUCUGGGGCCAAAUUAAGAGUUUCUAAAUAAUUAAAGAGAAUUAUUAAGUAAUAGCCUUCAAAAAGCAUUCUAAAUAGAAGACCAGAUUUAAAAGAAUUUUUAAUAGAAACAAAUUUAGAACUUUUGAAAUUCAAGCAUGCUCAUUCAAUCAGUCAAACCAAAGAAAUUUAAUCGAGUAUUCAUGUCACAAAUUCAUUUUUACACUCGUUCUAGAAUGUCACUUAGAGUACAAAUAUAGGGAAAACUCCUUCUUUGAAACAAUUCAGAAACCCAACAGAACCUGGAUAUAUACGGUUGCAUACAGCAAAAUGA